AUGCUGCUGCAAGCCUACCAAAGGCUCCACCAGGCUGGGAUCGAGCCCGACUGGGCCGGGGGCAGCCUGGACGGGGACCUUCGUGGCUUCAUCGACGCCCGCCGUUCACACUGCGGCAUCGCGCGCCAGCGGGAGCUCUCUUCCGUCGUGUUACCACCAUCAGGUUCUAACACCAGGCAUCCUCUCGAUGUGGCGCACCCAGCGUUGGUCGGCGCGGGGGCCACAAGGCAGGUCGCGAUACUUCUGGCCGCGACGCCGUCAAUGUUGCGAGUGUACCAGCCCUUUAUAAAUUUAUGGCGCUGCUAUGCCUUGCGGCACGGGUUGCAGUUCAUUCUGGAGACUGACGACACAGAGGUGCGGCCGCCGCACCGCCGCGCCAAAAAUUGGAUACGCUGGUUUGCGGUCCGUCGCCACCUCGACUUCUACGAGGCUCUGCUGGUCGUGGACCCCGACACGUUUGUCGUCCCCGAGUGCUGGAACGUGUCCAUCCCCGCGGUCCUGGGUUCCACGGCGGCUGCGCGGCGCGGCCAGCACGCCAGCCCGGAUGUGGGUAUGCGCGACUUCGGCCGCCCACAGACGUUGAACAACGGGGUGGUUUUGGUGAGGUCCACUCCGCGAGGUCGCUUCUUCUUGGACCAGCUGCUCGCGAAGGCGGCUUGGAUGCAGACGAUCGAGAAGGACCAGGGCGCGUUUGACGAGACCGUCCUCGAGGUCCUGGGGCUGGAGGCCCUGUCGCGUGGAGAGGACGGCUACGAUUCCGAGUGCGUGCAGCACGUUUUUCCCAACGCCAGGGGGAAUCACGAGGUCGCGCUGUACGCCCUGUGCUGGUGGCGCGUCAGCGAGCGCCUGGCGGGCCCCUUCGGCGCACGCCUUUCAGACACGAUCCGGUUCGCAGAUCCGCGGCUGGCGGACGUGAACCACGUCGUCGGAGCGCGUGGAAUGUCGGAGCCCGCCGUGCUGCACCACUUCGCGGGCCGCUCGAAGGAUUGGGACGCCAUGCUGGACGCCUUCGGCGUCCCGCCUCGGCAGACCAUGGACUGCCACGCGGUGCACGAGCACGUCCACGCGGCGGGGGCCGCGCGCCUGUGCGUGCCUGGCGCCGCAGAGGUGGCGGAGUGCGAGGACGGGCUGCUCGUGUGCUAG